UAAGAAUAAAAAAGCAUGAGUAAUGCAAAAGCCUACUGUCUCAUUUCAUCCUGCUUUAUGUGAUUGUUAAUCAAAUUCUUGUAUGUUAGAUCCUAUUGUGGUGUUAACACAGGAUAUUUUACAACAUUUGGUAUCAGAGCUUAACCAGGGAACUGAUCCACUAUGGCCGGAGAAACUGGAGAACAAUCACAGGUGAAGACUGAUACUUUCUCCUUGAAGUAUCCUAUGCUCACAAGGAGUAAUUAUGCAGCUUGGGCCAUCAAAAUGGAGGUGUUUAUGAUGGCUCAAGGGGUGUGGGAUGCAAUAGAGGCAGAAGGUGCUGUUGAGACACGUAAAGAUAAAAUGGCCUUAGCUGCCAUCUAUCAAGGCAUCAGUGAGGACACCUUGUUGCAGUUAGGAGCCAAGAAGACGGCUAAGGAAGCCUGGAACAUGCUCAAGAUUAUGAACCAAGGGGCUGAAAAGGUGAAGGAGGUGCGAACCCAAUCUCUUCAGAGAGAUUUUGAGACUCUAAGGAUGACAGAUGGGGAAAGCAUUGAUGACUAUGCUGCAAAACUACAGAUCAUUGUGAGUAAGUUGAGAGGGCUAGGGAACCAGGUAGAAGAAGAAACUGUGGUUAAGAAGUUCCUGAGAUCAACCUCAUCCAAGUUUCUGCAGAUUGCAUCCACUAUUGAGGAGUUUGGAGAUCUGAAAACCAAAACAUGUGAAGAUGUUAUUGGCUCACUCAAGGCAUAUGAAGAAAGGACUCAUUGCCAUGGUUCAAGAGAUGAUGAGACUGUUUUGCUUACCCAGGCAGAGUGGAAAGCAAGAGAAGACCAAAAACAUCAAAAGGAGAAUUCUAGAGAUCAAAGAAGUACUAGAGGAGGAAGAGGCAGAGGCCGCGGUAGGGGGAGAGGAAGUAGCAGCUCGCACAACAAGGAGGAAGAACCACAACCAAAAAAGAAGUUUGAUAAAUCAAAGAUAAAAUGUUAUGCUUGUGGAAAAAUGGGGCACUUUGCUUAUGAAUGUCCAGAAGAAGAGGGAGGAGAUCAAGUGAAUCUGACUGAAAAGGAGGAACAAGAAGAACCAGCAUUGUUGAUGAUAGAGAUUUGUGAAUUAACCAAAUCUCAGAUCAUAAACAAUGAAGAAGCAAGGCAAGAGAGUAUAAAGGAGAGGUCAGAGUGGUAUCUUGAUACAGGUGCUAGCAAUCACAUGACUGGAGAUAAGGGUUGCUUCACAAAUAUGGAUCACACCAUCAAAGGAAAGGUAAGGUUUGGAGAUGGAUCUAUCAUUAAUAUACAUGGUCUAGGCUCAGUACUUUUUAAAUGUAAUAAUGGAGAGCAUCUGAGUCUAAACAAUGUGUACUACAUACCUAAGUUGAAAAGUAAUAUCAUCAGUUUGGGGCAACUUGAUGAGAAUGGAAACCGUGUGGUCAUAAAGGAGGGUCACUUGAGAGUAUAUGACUAUAAUAACAGACUCAUGUUCAAGGUGAAGAGACAAGGUAACAGACUAUUUGUUGCUAAGCUGCAAAUAGCACAAAAGGUCUGUCUAAUGCUGAGCAUGACUGAUAAGGCAUGGUUAUGGCAUGCAAGGUAUGGCCACUUGAACUUUCAGGCUUUAAGAAGACUGACAACCAACAAGAUGGUGGAUGGAGUUCCAGAAAUAAAUCACUCAAAUAUGGUAUGUGAUGGAUGCACACUGGGAAAACAACACCGGAGUUCAUUUCCUGACAGAGCAAACUUCAGAGCUAAACAACAGCUUGAAUUGGUGCAUGGAGAUCUAUGUGGUCCUAUCACACCACCUACACCAGGAGGAAACAGGUACUUUAUGUUGCUUGUUGAUGAUUAUUCACGGUUUAUGUGGAUAUAUCUUCUAAAAAGUAAGGAUGAAGCCUUUGGAGCAUUUAAAACAUUCAAAAGACUGGCAGAAAAUGAAGUUGAAAAGAAGUUAAAAUGUUUUAGAACAGAUAGGGGGGGUGAAUUUACAUCUUUUGAGUUCAAAAAGUUUUGUGAAGAUGAAGGUGUGGUAAGACACCUCACAGCACCAUAUUCACCCCAACAGAAUGGGGUAGUAGAGAGGAGAAAUCAAACAGUUCUAGAGAUGACUAGAAGCAUAAUGAAAAGUAAGAAUGUGCCAGCCAAGUUUUGGGGAGAGGCUGUCAAAACCUCAGUUUAUAUUUUAAAUAGAGCCCCAACCAGAAGUGUUGAAGGAAUGACGCCCUAUCAAGCCUGGUAUAAGAGGAUUCCAAAUGUGCAACACUUACGCGUAUUUGGAUGUCUUGCUCAUACCAAAGUUACAUCACCUCAUCCUAGUAAGCUUGAUGAUAGGAGUAUUGUCACUAUUCUGCUGGGGUAUGAAGGAGGUUCUAAAGCCUAUAAACUGCUGGAUCCUGUAAAAGAGAGAGUAAUUGUAAGCAGAGAUGUUGUAUUUGAGGAAGAAAAGGGUUGGUCAUGAAAGAACAAUCAAGAAGAAGAAGGAAAUGCAGAUAGAGUCACCUUCACAGUUCAUGUGAGUGAAGACAGAGUUGGAAAUAAUGAUGCUACUUCCACUGCAGAUGAAGAUGAAGAGGAGUCCUCAUAUCAAACCUCCCCUUACAGCACACCAAGGUCAAACACAAGCUCAUCUGAAGGACACUUAAACUUCAGAUCACUUCAGGAAAUCUAUGAUGCCACCAGAGAACUGGAUGAAGAAGCUGGUUUGUGUUUCUUGUCUAUUGAGGAACCCUCAAGCUAUGAAGAAGCUGCAGGAAACAUGAAUUGGAAAGAAGCUAUGGCACUAGAGAUUAAUUCCAUACAGAAGAAUGGAACAUGGGAACUCUCAGAUUUACCAAGAAAUCAAAAGGCCAUUGGCUUGAAGUGGGUAUUCAAGCUUAAGAAGAGUCCAGAAGGGAAAAUAAUCAAACACAAAGCCAGAAAGGAACCCAAAACUUGGAGAACUUCCACGGUUCCCGGACGGCAUUCAACCAGGGACGGAUCCAGGAUUUUGAGUCAAGGGGGGCGAAAUUUUUUUUAUUAGUGUAGGGGGCAGGAAAAAAUUGCUAGUGUAGCGG